CUAUCAGGGUGCCUGACGUCCUCCCUGCACGCGAUCUUUUGGCCAGACCCUCCCUCGGUCUGGAAGAUCCCUCAGAGUCAGCGAGCUUCCACCCAGGCAGCACCACACAAAGGCCAUCAUCCCCUCUGGUCCGUGACCUUCUGCCAGCAUGGAUGAAACGUACGAUGCCAUCGUGCUGGGCACGGGGCUCAAGGAGUGCAUCAUUUCGGGGCUGCUGUCAGUAGACGGCUUGAAGGUGCUGCACAUCGACAGAAACAACUACUAUGGCGGCCAGUCGGCCUCCCUCAACCUCAACCAGCUCUUCGAGCGCUUCCGGCCCGGCCAGAAGCCGCCUGCGGAGCUGGGGCCCAGCCGGGAUUACAACGUGGAUCUGGUUCCUAAAUUCAUCAUGGCCAAUGGAAACCUGGUACGUGUGCUGGUGCACACCGACGUGACCAAAUACUUGGAGUUUAAGGCGGUGGACGGGUCGUAUGUGCUGAACAAGGCGCAAGUGCAGAAGGUGCCCGCCACCGACUGGGAGGCGCUGAAGAGUCCGCUGAUGGGCCUGUUUGAGAAGCGGCGCGCCGCCAAGUUCUUCUCCUUCUGCCAGCAGUACGACGAGCGCAACCCGCAGACCUGGCGCAACUGGGACCUGUCGCGCAUGACCAUGCACGAGCUGUACGCGCAGUUUGGCCUGGAUGCCAUGACCAUCGACUUCAUCGGCCACGCCAUCGCCCUGCACCAGAACGACGCCUACAUGAUGCAGCCGGCCAUGGGCACUGUGCAGAAGAUCAAGCUGUACUACGACAGCAUGAUGCGGUAUGAGGGCCUCACCUCACCCUACAUCUACCCUCUCUACGGCCUGGGAGAGCUGCCGCAGGCCUUUGCGCGGCUGUCUGCCGUGUAUGGCGGCACGUACAUGCUGGCCAAGCCCGAUGUGGAGGUGGUGUAUGAUGAGGCAGGGGCGGCGGUGGGGGUGAGCAGCGAGGGAGAGACGGCGCGGGCCAAGUUUGUGGUGGGGGACCCCACCUACUUCCCGGACAAGGUCCGCAAAUCGGCGCGCGUGGUGCGGGCGAUGUGCAUCCUCAGCCACCCCAUCCCCUCCACCAACGACAGCCACAGCGUGCAGAUCAUCCUGCCACAGAAGCAGCUCAACCGGCGCCACGACAUCUACGUCUUCUGCUGCUCCUACUCCCACAACGUGGCCCCUCGGGACAAGUGGAUCGCCUUUGUGUCCACCACCGUCGAGACCAGCGACCCCGCCAGCGAGCUGGCGCCAGGCCUGCAGCUGCUGGGGCGCAUCGACGAAAAGUUUGUCGAGGUGGUGGAUGUGUUUGAGCCGCUGGGGGAUGGCAGCGCCGACAAGGCCUUCAUCUCAAAGGGCUACGACGCCACCAGCCACUUUGAGACUGAGAUCCACGACGUGCUGGACCUGUACCAGCGCAUCACCGGCAAACCGCUGGACCUAGAGAAGGAGGACCUGGGCAAGCGGCAGGAGGCGCAGUGAUGGUGCCACCUGGUGGCGCUGACCUGGCGGCGCCGACCUGGCGGUCCUGCUGGUGGCUGCCCUCAAGCUUGCGCACGCACACACAUUCUCAACCCUUGGCCUGUAAACCGAUCACUGAUU